AUGCUGGCAAAACUCCUUGUAUUCCUUUUUCUGAUCAUAAACUUGGCAUAUGGCCAAAUCACCAAGGAUCCGAGGUGCUUCGAAAAAUGCGGCGAAGGCGAGUCUUGUAUGAAGAUGUGGGACGGCUCCUAUCUUUGUCAGGAUGACCCGCUACUUCCUGGCCCGCAUCACCUCCUCGAAAAAUUGGUCAAGCCGCCGAGCGGAGUUAAAGAAGACGCUCGGAGGCGU